AGGGGUCAUAAUGUAAAACCCAGAAAAGUGAAGACCCUUGUGCGCAUAGUUGACACACGCACGGCAAAUAGGGUUUUGGAGUUGUUAAUCGCUCUUCCGUCACCGGCUCCGGUCAUCAGUCCUUAAUCCACCGGGGUCGAAAAUUUCCGAUUUUGGGAAAAUGAAUUUCUUAAACUCAGCAGCAUCCAUAUGCAGAAGAGUUAGCUUGAAAGAACUAAUCACCGAGGUUCCUCUUUACACUGGCAGUGGCAUUUCCGAUGGUUCUUCAAGAAGUGGGUUGAGUUUGGUCUUAAAGCGUUGGGCUACAAAGAAAACUGCUGGUUCCACAAAGAAUGGUCGUGACUCUAAACCCAAGAAUCUUGGCGUCAAGAAAUUCGGAGGAGAGAAUGUGAUACCGGGAAACAUAAUAGUACGUCAACGUGGAACUCGGUUUCAUCCUGGAGACUAUGUCGGGAUCGGCAAGGACCAUACUCUGUUUGCAUUGAAGGAAGGACGAGUCAGGUUCGAGAAAGACAAGAUAACUGGACGCAAAUGGAUUCAUGUUGAUCCAAAGGGAGGUCAUGUUCUUCACCCUAUCUACACUAAAGCAGCAGUAGCAGCCAAGUCAAGUAAGAUGGAGAUAGCUUCGUCUUCGUGAACACACACAUUGAUUCAAACAAUCUAAAGGUGCCUAGAUUAUACCAUCUCUUGGCUAAAAGACGAUGGUAUAUUAGAUGGCUAAUAAUUUAAUAACAUUUGCCACCGUUUUUUGUUUCUCGCUUUAGUCUUUGUCUGAAAUCUGAAUACUGAUUAAGUGAGGAGAUAAGCUCAAUUGUUCAAAAGAUUAUCAACC